AUGAAGCUCCUCACCCUCAACUUCCUCACCUGCGCCAUCAAGACGUGCAAAGGCUCUCCCGCCUCCUUCCCCCUCCACCCCCGCGACUCGGAACUCGAAAUCAUAGAGACAGACAUCAACCUCCCCUUCCUCAAGAACAUCCUUCCCCGCUUGACCUGGGACGCCGUCCGCACAAUCUCCACCGAACUCGGUCUCCCCGAACUCCCCGCCACCGCCCCAACACGAGAAGACCUCGUUGAACCAAGCUCGACAUCCGAAGACGACGCGGAAGAAGUGCCCACACAGGUUGCGAAGGACCUGCACAGAUUGCUCCUCGAGACCUGCGUCAAGGAAGGCAAAUUGGUCUGCGGGUGCUGUGAGCAUGAGUACCAGGUCAAGGAGGGUGUUGCGAAUUUCUUGCUUCCUGGGCACUUGGUGUAG